ACUGGAAACUAGAAACAGUACAGAAAAAGAGGGUUAGAGAGGGAGAGAAACAAAGAAAGGGUUAGAGAUGGAGAUUUGGAGAGUAGGGGGGAGAAUGUGAAUGCGGAGAGGGAAGGAGAAAGAAAUUGAAGGCAGAUACCAAGGAAGAAAUACAAUAGCUUGGAGAACAACAAGACACACAAAGAAAAUCAGAAUCUGGGAUAAGAUUCAUUCCAUUAGACCUGUUCUUGUGUUAAUUAGCUUCUGCUGAAUAGCUAUUCAGAGACAGAUGGUCUAUUUCAAGAAGCUGGGGUCUCUUGUGGAUUUGCAGUUCUAAUGCCGCUGUGAGAAGAUUGUUACAUAGUAACAGAGAGAAGGCAUACGAGACUGAUUCCAGAAAAUAGGAUCCUAUCAGUACAACACUAACUGUUAGUAAUCAGAGCAAUCACAGGUCUGGACUGUAUCCCUGGAUUUUAUACUUAUACUUUUAUUGACUUCCUCCUGCCUUGGUUUUGAAGAUGUAUGUAUAAAAACAGGCCUAGUCUAGAUUUCAGCUUGCCCCGGGUGAUCCACAGGAUUUUGUUCUUGUCUUUGCAACCUGUUUUCAGAGAUGUAUGCAUUCUACUCACUGCUCGUCUACAUUUUCUACACCCUCUUCAAGAGGGAGGGGCCUCGCGAGGAUGAGACAGGGUCACAGCUGGAGGAGGGGGUCUCGGCUCAGGGGCCUGGCAGUGUCUCCAUAGAAACAAUGAGCAGGAGAGGGAGAGAUGGUCCACAUCUGUCUGUGAGAGAGGGUGUAUGUUCUGGGCUCAGAGACUCUGACAGCAGCAGCUCUGACAGUGAAGGACUGAGUCUUAGUGAGGAAGAUGAUGAUGGUGGUGAUGAACACUUGCUUGGAGAUGCUACCUCCCCCCUUGCUGAGUUCCUGUCCUUCAAACAGGAAGCUGUUGGGGGAAGGCACAAGGAGGCUCUCAGUGGAAAGGCCAUGGACUCGCCUCUCCUGUCUGUCAUGUCACACCUGCUCACAUUCCUGGAGCGUUACUUUCACAUGCAGCGUCUUCAGCAGCGAGCCCAGGAGUACCGCAGCCAGCUGCGCGUGCUCGAGACGCAGCGCAGGAAACGCAUCAAAGAGCUGCGAGCCGCAUACCGCCAGAAACUGAGAGACAAAACGAGUGUGAUUGACAACUUAGAGGGGGUCAUCAGUGAGCAGCAGAGCCUGUUGGAGCAGAUUCAGACCGGCGGUGGCAGCCUGUACCCCCUGUACCCUGUGCCUGUCUUGUCCCCCCUCAGCCCCCAUGCUAAGGGGGGGAUUCACCAACUGGUGGAGUCCAUCUCCUCUCUGCAGGGGGAGAGGAACACGCUGCUGGAUGAGCUGGCGUCACUCAGGCAGGAGGUGGAGCAGCGGGGCUCAGAGAAGGAGAAGCUUGCUUCUGACUUCCAACAGCAGAUUCAAGAUCUGAAGCAGAGUAUUGAGGAGCGAGAAGAUGCGUUGACUCGGCUUAGAACAGAGACGGGAGUGACAGACUCUGAAAAGAGGAUCCUCCACCUGACAGCGGAGAAUGAGAGUCUGAAGCAAGGCCUGAGUGUCACCCAGAGACUCUUGCAGCAGCUAUCUAGCAUCCCUUCACAGUCCAACACAGCACUCAUCAAGGAGAAUGAGUCAUUGAGGACCAGGGUUCACCAGCUGGAGACCUCCUUGCAUCUCCGAGCUGAGCAGCUGUCUCGACUGGAGAGAGAGAACGAGCAGACAGAGUGGAGGAAGAGAGAAGAGCUGAGGCAACUCGAUGACAGGAUACAGGGUCUUCAGCUGGAACUGGAAAAGGAGAAGGGCAGAGAACCAGAGAUACAGUACAUUUCUAAGACCGUGGAGGUGGAGUCUCCUGCAACUCUCAGAUCACUGGCUAAUGCCGAGGAGAGAAACAAGCAAUUCUCUGAGCAGCUUUCGGACCAGAGCAAGAGGUGUAGCCACUUGGAGGAGCAGCUCAGGGGGUCAGAGGAAGUAGCUGUCGGCCUGAGGCACAAGAUUGUGGAGUAUGAGUCGGAGAUUGGGAAACUCAGAGAGGACCUGCUAAAGGAGAUCACUCAUCUGGAGGCCACGAAGGAUGAGGCAGUGAAAGAGGCAGCAGAGUGCUCCGAGCAGCACCUGGACCAGCUCCGUGAGCAAUUCACAAGCGUGCAGAGUCACCUGGUAGCCCUCCAGCCUGCCCUCAGGUCAAUGAAGAGCAACUACAACAGUCUGCGGAGCCAAGUGUGCAACUUCUCACAGUUCUAUGAGGUGGCUGUGAACGAGGCCAAGAGACAGAUUUGCUCUGUUGUCAGCGAAGUGUCUGAGGCCAAUCGAGAUCUCCUGGAAAAGUAUAGAAAGGAAGUGGCCCUGCGCAGGAAGUACCACGAGCAGCUGAUGGAGCUCAAAGGUAAUAUCCGUGUCCUGUGUCGUGUGAAGCCCGUCAUGGCUGAGGAUCAGCAGGAGGGAAGCCACACCACAGUGGUGACAACAGACCAUGACAAUGAUUCAAUUGUCACCAUGCUGCACAAGGGGCGGGAACGAACAUUUGAGCUCGACAAGGUCUUCCAGCCCCAGGCCACACAGGAAGAGGUGUUCCAGGAGAUUGAAUCCUUGGUGACUUCCUGCAUUGAUGGCUACAAUGUGUGCAUCUUUGCUUAUGGGCAGACCGGCUCAGGAAAGACCUACACCAUGGAGGGCAGUGUGGAGAACCCUGGGAUUAACCAGCGUGCUUUGAAGGCUCUAUUCAAUGAGACUGAGGACCGGAAGGGCAUUUGGAGCUACCUCAUCACAGUCAGUUUAGUGGAGAUCUACAAUGAAGUACUCCGGGAUCUCCUCAGUAAGGAUCCCAGUGAGAAGUUGGAAAUCAAGAUAAAUCCUGAUGGGAGUGGGCAGCUGCAUGUCCCGGGGCUGAGGAUCAUCGAGGUGAAGAACUUUCAACACAUCAAGAAGAUUCUGGCUCUGGGCCGAAGAAACCGGAUCACUCAUGGCACCAAGAUGAACCAGCACAGCUCCCGCUCACACACUCUGCUCACCAUCACUGUGACUGGCACUGACCUCUCCAGCGAAGCCAGGACUACUGGGAAGCUGAACUUGGUGGACCUGGCUGGUUCAGAGCGUGUUUGGAAGUCAGGGGCAGAGGGAGAGAGGCUGAAGGAAGCUCAGAACAUUAACCGCUCCCUGCUGGCUCUUGGGGAUGUUAUCCAGGCACUGAGAGCCAAGCAGACACAUGUCCCCUUCCGAAACUCCAGACUCACCUACCUGCUCCAAGACUCACUUGGCAAGGGCAAUAAGACAGUGAUGGUGGUGCAGAUCUCCUCACUGGAGUCAAAUGUGGGUGAGACGAUGUGCUCCCUGAAGUUUGCACAGAGAGUUUGUAAAGUGGAGCUCGGCCCAGCAACACGGAAAAUAGAGUCUCCCGGCAGCUCAGACUUUUUCUCUUAGGAGCUAUUCUGUCAAUACACUCUCUCAUCUAACAGAUGCAGCAGCAGUGAAAUUUCUUUUGCAAAAAAAAAAUAAACACAUAACCUUCAGUGACAAUGGUGCUAAUGCUUGGGCUAUGAACUCCGUUUAGAGUGGAGGUUCGAUAACACAGCCGAGGUAGUAAACCAGGGGUGCAUGGUUGGUUUUGAUUUAGGAGACUUGGGUGUUGUUGCUUGCCUAUUUCUAACCAGCUCUGCUGAAGCUGAUUUUUACCCUUGGCAGUGUCUUUCUACAGUUCUACACAACCUCUUCCUCAAAGUCACGCACUGACUUUCCUCUUUGUGCUAAAUAAGACAUCAAACUUUUUACAGAGUUAGGGAAAGGGAUGCUAAAGAUGAUUAAGGGCGCUUUCACACCUAGUUCAUAUGACCCUUUGAUGUGGAUUGAAGUACGGUUUGGUUCGCUUUGAGUGAUAUGUGAAACCUCUGAGAACCACAUAAUCGUACCAGGAUGCGCAUCAAGCCAAGAGAGAUUGCUUGAAAUGAUGGUCUUGGUUCGUCUGUAAGGGGACUCAGUAUGUUUACUUUGCUCUGUUUCAACUUUUUGCAAUAUGAUACAAAACGUAUUCCAGUUCACUUGUAAACGAACUGCUGCAAUAGUGAAGCAAAUCGUGGAAGUGAUAUACUUCAGCGAGCACCAAGGAAACUGUCUCCCGGGCUUGACAAAACACACACACACACACAUACAAGACAGCAACACCAUAAUGUCACAUGUACACAACAGCACAAAACAACAAAAAUACUAUAGGACUGAUUUACUAACUGGCAGACCCUGGAUAUUCAGUGAAAUUACGUUAACAGUGUUUGAGAUUUAAUUACAAUUGCAGCAAGGGUGUUCUUUGAGCAUGAUAGCAAAACUGUCUAUUAUAAUUAUUAACUAUUAUAAUUGUGCCAUAUUCACUCGCAGAGAAAACAAUGUGCCAAGACAAAGCUGUCGGUACAGACGGCAUUUGUGCUGCUCUACCUGAGUUCAGUAAACCAGCUCCUGUUGCAUCUGUAUCUCACCACACUCAUGCAAAAACAUUCACAACAAGCUAUUAUUGUUGUCAUUAUUAUCAAUAACAGCUAAAUUGCAGUCGCUUGAACGUACACGUACAUCAUUUUCAAAAUCAUGAUUGUCUGGCAUUUCCUCCAAAACAACAGUCUUUUUCUAACAAAUUAUUGAUGCUCUUUCGGCAUGUUAGGUUUCUUCUGCAAUGAUUUAACGUUGUAAGCACCAAAUAAACCAAAAUAACACGGACAACAGCACAAUCACAUCACAUAAAGUAUUCCCCAUGUUGGGCAUGAUGGAAAAAGUUUUUCCAGCGAGAAUUUCUGCUUUAGUUCUCAGCAAGAGCAGAGUGUGAUUGAAAAAGUGUAAUGUGAAACCAAUAGAACUGGAUGAAGCUGCAUGUUAACCAAACAAACACAUUUGAAUGAACUUUAAAAGAAACUCAAGUUUGCUUGAAUUUUUCUGGAGUGAAAUGAACCAAAAGCUAACUUGAAAAAAAAAUUAGAUUGUUUGCAAGUGAAUCACGAUUAGAAUCACUUGCAAGUAAACUAGAUGUGGAAGUGCCCUAAACACUUAAACCCACUUCCCUGUUAAUCCAAAGCAUCCAUCUGAAUUGAAGUCUUUACACACCAUCAUUACCAAUCCACUUUCCAUAUUUUUAUUGCUUAAAAAACUGCUUAAGAUUAUUCUGGAGGCAAAUGAAGAAGUGUCAUUUUAAACUUAGGUACACUGAAAUCAUGGACAUGCAUACUAUAUACAGAUCCCUGACAGUUAUUUGAAACUGAAAAACAAGACAAAUGUGUUCAUCAUUUUAGAUAAGAUCUUCAAAUCAUGCUAAAGAGGAAACCUCAAAAACAGUUAAACCCUUCAAAUUCACCUUGGGUGAGAAAGUGUCUGAAAUAAUGUGACACAUACUCGCUCUUCACCUGGAAAACAGUAGAACAUGUGAAUAGUGCUUAAUCUGAUGUUUCUUGCUAAAAUAUAUCAAAUAAUAAUAAUGAUAUUAGUAAUAAUCAAAUUAUAUUUCAUAGCCUCUAUUGCUUGUUGAUAUAACUGAACAAAAUGCUAGCAGAAUGAAGUGCAUAUGCUGUGGUUUGUAGUUAUAUUCCUUAUUACAUUCUGUAAGUGACUGUUGUUCAGUGGUUUGGUAUGGGUGUCUGACAGCAGUGCAAGAGGUUAGUAUGAAUCUAUGUGGGAAAGAAAUUCCAGUGUUGCCUAAAACAUAAAAGUUAAAUUAUGCCAUUUUAAGUGCCAUUUAUUACACAUUUAAUAAUUUCCAAUGUACAGUGUGUUUACUAUAUAUCUCCAGUACUGUUGUAAUAUCUACUAUAUCCCUGUAAUGUCUUCCUGUUGCCCUUUCAAGUGAACUUGAAUCCUAAAGUUUUCUGGCAGCUUCCUGCACUGUAGUUAGUGGGCACGCACAUGUAAUAGCAGAGAAGUGCUAUACAAUAUGGAGAAGUAAAUGACAAUGCAAAUCUCCUGACACUGAAUGUUUUACCUUAUGAAUAAACUGUUUAAUAUCUGUGUGUGUGAUUG